AUGCAAGGCUCUUUUUAAAUCUAGGAAGCCAUAGCCGACAUAUUUAGUUAAGUUAAGGAUGUAGAAGAAUAUAUCUUUGGUUUCAUGUUAGAAAUGUUUAGAAAGGAGAAAAUUUAAGAUUGCAUUGGUUAUCUUUCAGAUGGAGGGAACCAAAGAUAAUUAGAAUUAUAACUUUUUAAAGAUGAAAAUCUAUAACUUUUUGAUAUGUGGUGGAAAUUAGAUGUUGUAAAAAAAAGUAUGAUGAAAAUUAAAAAUAUUCUCAAAUAAAUAAAAAAUCAUUAAUUUAAUAAGAAAGACUAUUCAACAGAAGAAUCUAUGCAGGAUCUAAUUAACAGCAUAAAGGAUAAUAGAUGGAUCAGAGAUUUUUUGUUAUUUUUAGUUCACCUCACAUCAAUAGAUAAAACUUUCAUAUAAUGUGGGUCUAAUUCAUUACAUAUAUUAAUUAAGAUGAAGAUAGACCUUAGAAAAAAAAAUUUUGAAAAUAUUAAGAUACAAAAUACUUCCUUAAAAGGAGCAAAUUUUUUUCGAUGCAAUUUAAGUAGAUCUUAAUUUAAUAAUGUAAAUAUAAGUAAUAUGAAUUUGAAUGGUGCGUUAUUAUUUAACUGUGAAUGGAGGAAUAUUAAGAUCAAUGAAUUGAGUAAAUUAGAUGGCCAUAAUGAUGGUGUGAAUUUAGUGUGCUUCUCUCCUGAUGGUACUACAGUAGUUACUUGCGGUGGAAGAUCUUUUUAUUUAAGCAUUGAUAAUUCUAUCCGUCUAUGGGAUGUCAAAACAGGCUAAUAAAAAGCCAAACUAGAUGGUCAUACUAACAAUGUCGACUCAGUUAGUUUCUCACCUGAUGGAACUCUAUUAGCUUCUGGGAGUAAAGAUAAAUAUAUCCUUUUAUGGGAUGUUUGGACUAAGAAAAAAAGAGCCAAAUUAGAUGGUCAUAGUGGAUAUGUUUACUCAGUCUAUUUCUCUCCUGAUGGUGAUACAUUAGCUUCUGGUAGUCAUGAUAAGUCUAUCCGUCUAUGGGAUGUCAAAACAGGAUAAUAAAAAGCUAAAUUAAUUGGUCAUACAAACUCUGUCUAUUCAGUCUGUUUCUCUCCUGAUGGAAAUACAUUAGCUUCAGGUAGUGAUGAUUAAUCUAUUCGUCUAUGGGAAGUUAAAACAGGAAAUUAAAAAGCUUAAUUUGAUGGUCAUAGUGAUUAUGUUUACUCAGUCUAUUUCUCUCCUGAUGGUGAUACAUUAGCUUCUGGUAGUCAUGAUAAGUCUAUCCGUCUAUGGGAUGUCAAAACAGGAUAAUAAAAAGCUAAAUUAAUUGGUCAUACAAACUCUGUCUAUUCAGUCUGUUUCUCUCCUGAUGGAAAUAUAUUAGCUUCUGGUAGUUCUGACAAGUCUAUCCGUUUAUGGGAUGUUGAAACAGGAGAUUAAAAGGCUUAAAUGGAUGGUCAUACUAACUAAGUCAACUCAGUUAGUUUCUCACCUGAUGGAAAUUUAUUAGCUUCUGGUAGUUUUGAUAACUCUAUCCGUUUAUGGGAUGUGUGGACUAAGAUAAAAAAACCCAAAUUAGAUGGUCAUACUAGCACUGCAUAUUCAGUUUGCUUCUCUCCUGAUGGUAAUGCAUUAGCUUCAGGUAGUUCUGACAAGUCUAUCCGUCUAUGGGAUUUCAAAACAGGAUAAUAAAAAGCUAAAUUAAUUGGUCAUACAAACUCUGUCUAUUCAGUUUGUUUCUCUCCUGAUGGAAAUAUAUUAGCUUCUGGUAGCUCUGACAAGUCUAUCCGUUUAUGGGAUGUUGAAACAGGAGAUUAAAAAGCUUAAAUAGAUGGUCAUGCUAGCCCUGUUUACUCAGUCUGUUUCUCUCUUGAUGGAUCUACAUUAGCUUCUGGUAGUAAUGAUAGGUCGAUCCGUCUAUGGGAUGUUCAAACAGGAUAAUAAAAAGCUUAAUUUGAUGGUCAUAGUGAUUAUGUUUACUCAGUCUAUUUCUCUCCUGAUGGUGAUACAUUAGCUUCUGGUAGUGCUGAUAAUUGUAUCCGUUUAUGGGAUCUCAAAACAGGAUAAUAAAAAACUAAAUUAGAUGGUCAUACAAACUCUGUCUAUUCUGUCUGUUUCUCUCCUGAUGGAAAUAUAUUAGCUUCUGGUAGUUCUGACAAGUCUAUCCGUCUAUGGGAUGUAAAAGCAGCGCAAUAAAAAGCUUAUUUAGAUGGUCAUGCUAGCACUGUCUACUCAGUUUGUUUCUCUCCCAAUGGAAAUACAUUAACUUCUUGUAGUGGUGAUUACUCUAUCCGUCUAUGGGAUGUCAAAACAGGAUAAUUUCAAGCUAAAUUUGAUGGUCAUACUAGUUAUGUCUACUCAGUCUGUUUCUCACCUGAUGGAAAAACAUUAACAUCUUGUAGUAAAGAUAACUCUAUUCGUUUAUGGAAUUUGGAGACUAAGUUAAAAAAUACCAAAUUAGAUAUUCAUACUAGCACUGGAUACUCAGUUUGCUUCUCUCCGGAUGGUAAUACAUUAGCUUCGGGUAGUGAUGAUAAAUUUAUCCUUUUAUGGGAUAUCAAAACAGGAUACCAAAAAGCUUAAUUCGAUGGUCAUGCUAGCACUGUCUAUUCAGUUUGUUUCUCUCCUGAUGGAAAUACAUUAGCUUCAGGUAGUUCUGACAAGUCUAUUCGUCUAUGGGAUGUUAAAUCAGUAUAAUAAAAAGCUUAAUUAGAUGGUCAUGCUAGCACUGUCUACUCAGUUUGUUUUUCUCCUGAUGGAAAUACAUUAGCUUCUUGUAGUAAUGAUAAGUCCAUCCGACUAUGGAAUGUCAAAACACAAUAAUUUAAAGCAAAAUUAGAUGGUCAUGCAAGCACUGUUUUUUCAGUCUGUUUCUCCCCUGAUGGAAAUACAUUAGCUUCUUGUAGUAAUGAUAAGUCCAUCCGACUAUGGAAUGUCAAAACACAAUAAUUUAAAGCAAAAAUAGUUGGUCAUGCUAGUACUGUUUUUUCAGUCUCUUUCUCCCCUGAUGGAAAUACAUUAGCUUCUUGUAGCCAUGAUAAGUCCAUCCGAUUAUGGAAUGUCAAAACACACUAAUUUAAAGCCAAAUUAGAUGGUCAUGUUAGCACUGUCUAUUCAGUUUGUUUCUCUCCUGAUGGAAAUACAUUAGCUUCUGGUAGUUAUGAUUAGUCUAUCCGUCUAUGGGAUGUCAAAACAGGAUAAUAAAAAGCCAAAUUAGAUGGUCAUAGUGGAUAUGUCUACUCAGUCUGUUUCUCUCCUGAUGGAAAUACAUUAGCUUCUUGUAGUAAUGAUAAGUCCAUCCGACUAUGGAAUGUCAAAACACAAUAAUUUAAAGCAAAAUUAGAUGGUCAUGCAAGCACUGUUUUUUCAGUCUGUUUCUCCCCUGAUGGAAAUACAUUAGCUUCUUGUAGUAAUGAUAAGUCCAUCCGACUAUGGAAUGUCAAAACACAAUAAUUUAAAGCAAAAAUAGUUGGUCAUGCUAGUACUGUUUUUUCAGUCUCUUUCUCCCCUGAUGGAAAUACAUUAGCUUCUUGUAGCCAUGAUAAGUCCAUCCGAUUAUGGAAUGUCAAAACACACUAAUUUAAAGCCAAAUUAGAUGGUCAUGUUAGCACUGUCUAUUCAGUUUGUUUCUCUCCUGAUGGAAAUACAUUAGCUUCUGGUAGUUAUGAUUACUCUAUCCGUCUUUGGGAUGUCACAACAGGAUAAUAAAAAGCCAAAUUAGAUGGUCAUGCUAGCAUUGUCAACUCAGUCUGUUUCUCACCUGAUGGAAAUAAAUUAGCUUCUGGUAGUUGUGAUUACUCUAUCCGUCUAUGGGAUGUGAAGAAUAUGAUAAAAAAGACUAAAUUAGAUUGUCAUUCUAGCAGUGUCUACUCAAUCUAAUUCUCUCCUGAUGGUAAUACAUUAGCAUCUAGUAGUAAAGAUAAGUCUAUUCGUUUAUGGGAGGUUAGAACAGGAUAAUAAAAAGCUUAAUUAGAUGGCCAUACUGGAUAUGUCUAUUCAGCCUGUUUUUCACCUGAUGGAAAUACAUUAGCUUCAGGUAGUGGUGAUUUUUCUAUCCGUCUAUGGGAUUUCUAAACAGGAUUACAAAAAGCAAAAUUGGAUGGUCAUGAGAAUUGGGUAAUGUCGGUCUGUUUCUCUUCUGAUAGAAAUACAUUAGCAUCUAGUAGUAAAGAUAAGUCUAUCCGUCUAUGGGAUGUCAAAACAGGAUAAUAAAAAGCUAAAUUAGAUGGUCAUACAAACACUGUCUACUCAGUCUGUUUCUCUCCUGAUGGAAAUACAUUAGCUUCAGGUAGUGAUGAUUAAUCUAUUCGUCUAUGGGAAGUUAAAACACGAUAAUAAAAAGCUAAAUUAGAUGGUCAUACCAACUCUGUCUAUUCAAUCUGUUUCUCUCCUGAUGGAAAUAUAUUAGCUUCAGGCAGUUCUGACAAGUCUAUCCGUCUAUGGGAUGUAAAAACAGCUUAAUAAAAAGCUUAUUUAGAUGGUCAUGCUAGCACUGUCUACUCAGUUUGUUUCUCUCCCGAUGGAAAUACAUUAACUUCUGGUAGUGGUGAUUACUCUAUCCGUCUAUGGGAUGUCAAAACAGGUUAAUUUCAAGCUAAAUUUGAUGGUCAUACUAGUGAUGUCUACUCAGUCUGUUUCUCACCUGAUGGAAAUACAUUAGCAUCAUGUAGUGAUGAUAUGGAAAUUCGUCUAUGGGAAAUAAAGAGAGAAUAAGAAAUGAAUUCCUAUGAUAAAAUUUACAAUAAUAUGUUCAUAAAUAUUAAGACUCCACUACAGUAAAUUACCCUUAAUUCAGAAGGUAGUAUUAUAUUUUCUAUAUUUUUAGUCUCUAAUUAUAUAACUACACUCCUUAUAUCCUAAAAGUCAAUAUUUUAAUCUAAAGGAGCUUUAAUACUGAAUGGAGAGUUUAUAAAUCAGUCAGGCAUCGAUUUAAAAACAUUAUUGCAACAAAAAGGAAGUUAUUUCUUGGAAAGCUUAUCGUAAAAUUUAAUUUGA